AUGGCCGCAGCCUUGGCGAACGACUCGCCCAAAUAUCGUAACAGUUUGAUUUGCUGUAGCCCGCGGAGUGCAGAUGUUACUUCAAGAACUGCCUCAUCAUCCUCUACGUCAGGAUGUGUGUCAGCAGACGAAAGUUACGAUUCGAAUUACAUGCCUAAGUCAAUUACAAACAAGAAACUUAAAAUCCACAGUUCUGCAACACAAGAAGAAAUAGAAAAGGCAAUAAAACAGUGCAAGGAGCUUGUACUGAACAGCGCUCAAUGUUCAGAUGAACGUAAAUGGUUAGUCCGAUAUUUAGUUGAAUUAAGGUUGCGUUUAGAAGAUUUGAAAGACAAUGAAGGAGAGCAAAGGGUCAGAGUAGUGAUCAAAGGCCAUCACUUUGAGCAACAAGUUAACCCGAGUAACAGAAAGCAAUACUGUGACCAUUGCAGCGGUGUAAUAUGGAGUAUCGUUCAGUGCUCAUACAUUUGCACAGACUGUGGUUAUUUAUGUCACUACAAAUGUGUAGACGAUAUUUGUAGAGUUUGUGCCCAUGUUGUUAUGACAGAGAAAGGACAAUUUGAAAUGAAUAUUUGUCCUGAAAAAGGUCUCUCUGCUCAAGAUUACAAGUGCGCUGAAUGUCAUUCUGCAUUAACCUUUAAAGAUUCAUGGAAUGAACCAAGGCUAUGUGACUACACUGGGUUGUAUUUUUGUGCAACAUGCCACUGGAAUGAUUUAUCUCCAAUACCUGCAAGAGUUGUCCACAAUUGGGACUGGGAUAAGAGGUACAUUUCAAGAAUUGCAUUUCAAAUGUUGACAUUGUCUUGGACAAGACCAUAUAUAGAUGUUGAAAACAUAAAUUCAAGCUUGUUUAGUUUUAUAGCUGAGUUGGAAUGGGUCCAUAAGAUGCGGAAAGACUUGGAAUGGAUGAAGCGAUAUCUCUGUGCUUGUGGAGAAGGAAGCUCAUUACUGUCUCCAUUAUUUAUACAGCUUGGAGACGUUAAUAAGAAGUACAGUAUGGCACAUUUACAGGCUAUUAAUGAUGGCACAUUAGAAACUCAGUUGACAGAGUUGACAGAGAUAUGUCGGUCACACAUAACAAGUUGCUCACUAUGUUCGGGGAAAGGAUACUUAUGUGAAGUGUGCAGUAAUAAUGAAAUAUUGUAUCCAUUUGAUAGUGGAGCUAUAAUGUGUGAUAAAUGCAACUCAAUGUAUCAUAGAGGAUGCUGGCUGAGGAAAGGACAAAAGUGCCUAAAAUGCUUGCGAAUCGAAGACAGAAAGAAAAGCAAGAUUGAUGAACCUGAUGACACAGUUUCAAAUGUAGAAUAUGACAUAGAUAAAUUUGUUGCAUAA